ACAUAUUUCGGACGGUAUGUAUUUCUCGGCGCCGAAUAUUGAUUUUGUUUAAAGCGUCGCCACAGUCGAAAUGACAAGAUCGUGAACAAAAACAACAAAAUACCAAUAAUAAUAAACAAUGUGUAAACCAUUACAAAAGUGAUAAACAAAAAUCGAAAACAAAUAAAAAUAAACCAAAAGUUUGUGUACUUAAAUUAAAUAAAUUGCUAAAAUGGGUUCGAUUGUGUUGCGCUCCCUUUCAGUGCUAUUAGGAUUGUUUUUUAUUUUUGUGGGCAUCUUGAAGAUAUCAAAUUAUAUUUCCAAGGACCUGCAUAAAGACUUGAGGAAAGAAUAUGUAAAGUAUUCAAAGGUAUUUCCGUUUGCGGAAACUUUUAACUUUAAAAUUCCAUCGAAAUGGUAUCGACGAACAGUCGGAGCCUUAGAAAUAAUAUUUGGAGCAGCUUUAGCGUUUGCACCUACAACAAUAAUUAAAAAUGGUGCAAACAUCUGCCUUCUGGGUCUGACAUUAAUGGCUGUGUACUCGCAUUACAUGGUGAACGACCAUCUGGAGCGGACAGCUCCCGCACUGGUGUUCCUCUUCAUGCUCUGCGGAAGACUUGUGGUGUACUACCAAGUGCAAAGACGAGAAGCUGACAAAAUCGAAGCCACCGCUAAUGGUUUUAAACAAGAAUAAAUGCGUUUACAACAACAUGUUUUGUGUCCUGAAAAGUUAAUCACCAUACAAACUUAGAUGAUUGGUUCAGUUAUUUUAAGCAAUAAAUGUUUUUUUCAAACAGCUUUAUUUCUUCAUUUUAAUAAAAUUCUUAUGAACUAAGGAAAAGCUGAAGUAACUGAACUUGAUUGUUAGAGGUUUGUAGAAUUUGUUUUUGGGAAAGUGAAAUAAUUUCGUCCAAAGUUGGAGUUAAAAUAGCAGAGACCUCAUGCAGUAGCCUUAAUAUUGUGAAACGAAGUCGUGGUUAUUUUGUAUAUACUCGUACGUACCUAUAGAGAAUAUGUACUGAAUUCAAAUUUUAUUCGGUUUAUCCACAUUUAGCGAAAAUACCAAUUAAAUAUGCUAAACUACAUAGUACUUAAAAUUAUAACGCAAUAAUUAUAACUCGUAGAAAAAAAGUUGCAUGUAUUUUUUUUGUAAAUUUAGAUGUGGUUGUACAGGGUGAGUCAGUUUUAAUCUGUGACAAAAUUAAAGGAAGUCGUGAAUCGUAAAUUCUACCUUUAAUAUAGCUUUAUACAUUUUUUAAAUUCCGCAUUGGGUUAUUUUUGCUUGAUUUUGGAAUGUGGUUGCUAGAUAGUUUUAAAAAAUGUUUCUAUAAUGUGCACUUUUUAUUUAUUACUUUUAUAUAAAACCUCUAGAUAGGUAGGUAAUACGUUGGUGUACAAAUUUGUUAAUUCAUCUAGAUAUAAUUUUGGCACUGCCAUUUGUGACCAUCAAAACGCAGAAUAAAACCAUUUGAUCAUCUAA